CUCCCUCUGCCCCGAGCAAAAUCUGUCUGUCAGUUUGCUCUCCUAAAGAAGAUUUUAAUUUUAUCAAGUGCUCGCUUUGCAGUUCGAAGGUGUUACUUCCUGAUUGCAGUGACAAACCAGUUGGUUUGAUCCCCUCAUCUACUCUCACAACCUGGGUUCCUCGACAAUUCAAUUCCAGGUUUGUGGACUGUGAAUUUUGUUGAAAUAAUGGACAAGUUGAACCUAGCUCAAUUGGGUGAGAAGCUGAAGACAAGUGGAGCUCAAAUGGGUCGAAUUGUUAGUGACAAAAUGAAGGAAAUUUUGCAAACCCCCACUCCUGAAUCAAAGAUGGUUGACGAAGCAACAUCAGAGAUUCUUGAGGAACCCAACUGGGGCAUGAAUUUGAGGAUAUGUGCGAUGAUCAAUAGUGGAGAGUUUAAUGGAUCCGAGAUUGUGAAGGCUAUAAAGAAGAAGAUUUUAAGCAAGAACCCAGUGAGCCAGAGGCUCAGUCUUGACUUGCUAGAAGCCUGUACUAUGAAUUGUGAUAAAGUGUUUUCUGAGGUGGCAUCAGAGAAGGUGCUUGAAGAUAUGGUUCGAAUGAUUGAUAAUCCGCAAACUCAUCAUCAGAAUAGAAGAAGGGCUUUACAGUUGAUCAGGGCUUGGGGAGAGUCAGAGGAUCUUGCCUAUCUACCAGUGUUUCGUCAAACCUAUAUGAGUCUGAAAGGAAGAAAUAUGCCUGUGGAGAUGGAUGGAGAAAAUUCAGCGCAUAUGCCAUCUUCCUUGGAGUCUCAUGUACACGAAGAUUCAUUAGAUCCCCCUGAAAGUUAUCCUAUUCCUGAUGCUGCGUUCCAUGAGAUGGAUGGAUCUGCUCUCUCUUCUAAUCCCAGAAGCUUAUCAAUUGAAGAAAAGAAGGAACAUCUUGUCAUUGCUCGAAACAGUCUUGAAUUACUCUCUACCAUAUUAAAUUCUGGAGCAGAGCCAAAAUUGUUGAAGGAGGAUGUAACUGUGAGCUUGUUGGAAAAGUGCAGGCAGUCACUGUCUGUCAUUAAGGUGAUUGUGGAAAGCACCACUGAUGAUGAGGGAACACUGUUUGAGGCUUUGAACCUUAAUGAUGAACUACAACAGGUAGUUUCCAAGUACGAGGAGUUAGAAGCUGCCCAAGAUUCUGGAGCACAAGCACAACCACCCCAAGUUGCUGAUGCCACAAAGCAUGUUGUGGAAGCUGUUCAAAAUCCCAUCGCGCCACCAGAAAGCUUUGAAGGUGAUGAAUCUGGUGAGUCAGAUGCUGCCGAGAGGCUUCAAAGGAAGCCACCCAGUAAGUCUGACGCUUCCAAGGUCAAUUCUACUGCUGUUGUCGAUAGUCAUUGUGAGGCCAACACGGCGAAUUGCGCUAAAGAGAAGGAUGCUGAAUCGGACGGUAAGAGAAAUGCUGAAUGAGGAAAGAGCGAGUUGGCAUGGUUCUUAUAGCAUUAAAUUUUAUCGCUGUCCAUAUCUUUGUAGUAGGCUAUUAGUUCUUUCUGUACUGUUGAUCUUUGUCGUAGGCUAUUAGUUCUUUCUGUACUGUUGAUCUCCCUGAACGCCUGUGAUACUUCAUAACUAAUUGGGAUAUCAUGCUAGUUUCUUAUGACUUGAUUUGUUCGGUCUCUGGCUCUGCGUGUCAGAAGUUUGGCGCAAGGAGGAAAUAACGUUGGCUGUAUUACCAUUUUUUCAUGCAAUCGUCAAAUUCUUAUGCGAA